GGCUGGGAGCUCUGGGAAGCAGCUGCUGCCACAGAGAGAGGCAGACAGACUUCACAACUGAGGAUAUACAAGUGCAGUGGUGGACAGCAGCCUCCCGCCUCCCCCUGCUGUUUGACUGGAGCUUAAACCCUUGAGGUUUAGCUACUCAAGAUGGAUUUGAGGGUAACAAGCCUCAUUUUUGCCCUCUUGGCUUUGGCUCAGGCAACCCCGGACAGGCACUACGCAUCAAAAGUGACCAAGGUUCCCUAUCCUGUCAAGAGCCAUGUUGUUGCAGGAACACCAGGUGCUGAGGGUCCUCCAGGUCUACCAGGGCCAAUGGGACCACCUGGACCUCCUGGAGAAAGGGGCAUUGGCUACCCAGGACCAAAAGGCCCCCCAGGACCCCCUGGUCCUCCCGGUCACACAAUAGCAGGCAAACCUGGUGCCCCAGGUAGCCCAGGAAAACCAGGUUCCCCUGGUUUUCCAGGUGACAAAGGUGCGACUGGUGCAACUGGACCAAUGGGUCCCAGAGGUGCACCUGGUUCACCUGGAAUCCCUGGAACUCCUGGACUCAGUGCUGUUGGAAAACCUGGACCUGCUGGGAUUCCUGGUGCAAUGGGUCCAAGAGGAGAACCGGGUCUGAAGGGACAUCCUGGCAUCCCUGGAAUUCCUGGCCCCAAAGGAGAACGAGGUAUUGGGAUUCCAGGAGCCCAGGGACCAACAGGUGCUACUGGACCAAUGGGACCUUCUGGUAUGCCAGGCAAACCUGGAAUAGGAAAGUCUGGUGCUCCCGGUUAUCCAGGUGAACCUGGUAAGACUGGCAUGCCAGGAAGGGAUGGAUCUCCUGGACCAAUGGGUCCUCCAGGAAUGAAGGGUCACACUGGACCUCCAGGUAUAGGAGCACCAGGAAAACCAGGCCAAAAUGGUACACCUGGUAUGCCCGGACCAAUGGGACCAAAGGGUCCACAAGGUCCUGCUGGUCAGCCAGGCUCACCUGGGAUGCCAGGUGUUGGUAAAACAGGUGAACCAGGAAUACCAGGAAGCAGGGGACAACCUGGAACUCCAGGAACAACUGGUCAGAAAGGAGAACCUGGCCCAACUGGAUUUACUGGUCACCCAGGUGCUCCUGGUCCAAUAGGGCCAGCUGGUCCACAGGGUGCGAGAGGAUUCCAGGGUGAGCCUGGUCCAGUCGGACCCAAAGGUGACACUGGUAUGGUUGGUGCACCAGGCCCAAGGGGAUCAAAAGGUGAGCAGGGAGCUCAGGGUUUCACUGGAAAACCAGGUAUGCCUGGGGCAGUAGGUCCCCCUGGUAUUCCUGGUCAUAAUGGUGCUCAGGGACCAAAGGGCUCACAAGGCCACCAAGGUGUUCCAGGACUCCCUGGAUCAAAUGGUGCACCUGGACUUAAAGGACACACAGGGCCUCCAGGUGCACCAGGUAAAAGUGGUGAACCCGGAAGACCAGGACCCAUGGGACCAGUUGGCCUCCCUGGUCCAUCAGGUCCUCCUGGACUCAAGGGCCAUCCUGGCCUUCCAGGCCCACCUGGCCCCGCUGGCAUAACAGCAAAGGGACUUAGUGGUCCCAUGGGUCCUCCUGGACUUCCAGGUGAAAGAGGCCAAGAUGGUACUCCAGGUCCUGUUGGUCCUCCUGGUCCACCCGGUCCACCAGGAGAGAUUAUUUACCAGCAUGACAAGAGCAUGCCAAUAAAAUCCCAUGAGGUUGUACUGCCUCACGAAAUGAUCAAGGCUCCCAUGUCAGCCUUUAGUGCUAUUCUGUCCAUGGCCUACCCCCAAGCAGGAACCCCAAUUCAGUUCAACCAAGUUCUGUACAAUGGAGAGAAUCAUUACGAUCAGCACACUGGUGUGUUCACUUGCCAAGUGCCAGGCCUUUACUUCUUUAGCUUUCACGUGCAUGUCAAUGGGGCCAAUGCAUUGGUUGCCCUCUACAAAAAUCAGGAGCCAGUUGUUUUCAUCUAUGAUGAAUACAACAAAGGCUUCCUUGACCAGAUGUCAGGCAGUGCUGUUCUUUUGCUUCAUCCAGGUGACAGAGUCUUCAUCCAGGCCCCUGAUGAGGAAAGCAAUGGCAUUUUUGCUGCAGACAAUGUCCAUGGUGCUUUCUCUGGGUUCCUAAUUGCCUCAACGUGAUUUCACAAAUCCCAGUAAAUCUCAAAACCAUUCAAAAAGUCAUUUGAUUGUUCAAAGGAAUAAAUAAAUUUACUAAAUUCCUAAUUAAGAGUGUAAUUUGGUUAUAUGUCAAAGCUUGAUUUAAACCAAAAACUUAAAAGAUGAAAAAGGAUAUAUACGAAGGCCAAAAGUUAAGGAGUUUUUCUGAGAAUUCUCACUCACUGUGUGUUUUAACUAUAAACUGGAUGAUAUUGGAAUUUAUCUUCAAUGGUGCUCAACAACUCCCUGGAAUAUCAAAAGCAUGUUUUUUGUAUUUUUAUUUGCCUUUAUCACUGUCUGUCUGAGAAAUUCCAUGUACAAUACAUUCAAUCAAUAUGCAAAACUGUGGUAAUAUAUUAUUUGAGAUCAGAACCGUCUCACAUGCACUUUUACCAACAAAAGAUAGGAGAACAAUAGAAGAAAUUCUGACAGAUUUUUGUAAAACUGUGUCCCACAUGAUGUGCUAAGUUAUGUACCAUUUACUGAUCAACACAUGAAAUAAAAGUUCGACUUUGAAAAACUG